UUCGUAUAAACAGUAGAAAUCUGGGAAACAAAAAGUGGAGUUAUCAUGUAGCUAUAGCUGAGAGAAUUAUAAUAACAAAAGAAAGCUUUCAGUUCCCUCACUCGUCUUGCAACAACAGUUUCAACUUUUGAUUUCAUGAGCUCUAUAAUAGGCUGUCCUAUGCAACUGUUGUCAUCGUCAAAACACUAGUUCAAGAUCCAAAGCCAAAAAAGAAGACAUCCCGUCACCACCACCGAAGGAACUCUUCCUUGUUUGCCUUUUAAAACAUUCGGAAACUGUUUGCUGUGAUUGUCUCCAUGGAUUCGAUUCGAGAAAUGGAUAGCUUCAGCUCCGAAAACGGCGCCACCAGCAUUGUGAACGUUAGCCAUAACAGUGCCACUUCGUCUUCUUCUCCGACCUCAAGCCGCUACGAGAACCAAAAGCGCCGUGACUGGAACACUUUCGGGCAGUACCUGAGGAAUCAUCGCCCCCCGCUUUGCUUGUCAAGGUGCAGUGGGGCUCACGUCCUCGAAUUCCUUCGCUACCUUGACCAAUUCGGCAAGACCAAAGUCCACAGCCCUAUCUGUCCUUUCUAUGGCCACCCGAACCCGCCGGCACCUUGCCCCUGCCCGCUCCGUCAAGCCUGGGGCAGCCUCGACGCUCUCAUUGGCCGUCUCCGUGCCGCCUUCGAAGAAAACGGAGGAAAACCCGAAGCAAACCCGUUCGGGGCACGAGCCGUGAGGCUUUAUCUCCGUGAGGUUCGUGAUUUGCAGUCGAAAGCGAGAGGGAUUAGCUAUGAGAAGAAGAAGCGUAAACGACCACCACCUCAACCAAUCUCAUCCCUUCCACUGCCACUACAACUGCCACCACCGCCACCAGGUGCAACUUAAAAAAGAUCAGCAAAAAAUCCCAUCUCUUGUUCUAUGCGGGGUAGUUCAGUUUAUCUUUAAUUUUGCCAUAUAAGUAUAUUUCUCGGGCAGAUCUUUUCCCACUUUCCUAUGCUCUCUCAGUUUGCUUUUUAAUUUUCCCAUCUGUUGGUCUACUUUUGAUGCUAACAGUGUUAGUAUUCCUCGGUAGUACUUGAAAAAAGUCAUUGCACUAGCAGUUUGUUGCCUAAUCAAGUUGAACCUAAUUUGCUCGAUCAUGGCUUUUCUCUCAUGUAUUUUGCCCAAAAAAUAUAAAUUUGCACUUCAUA